GUAGCGUUUUUUCUUUAAGGAACUGGGUCCAGUUAGCCAGUUGUCAACAGGCUGAGCGAGAAACGAGCCGCUGAAAUAACUUGGUACGUGGAGCUGAUAACACGAACAUUACUGUCCUUUACCGUGCUGAGGAGAACUGUUUGGCUUCUUCCGGUUUGUUUGCUGUGUUCGGACAAAAAUGUAGUCCCCUUGACACGGUAAGACAUUUUUCAUUUGUCUCUUUUUGAACAUUUUCUGAGUUUGGUUAGACGACCUCGACCAACAACGACUUAAAUAUCAUGUCAAAAUGAAGCCAUUGUAAUCGUUCAGGGAUUUCUGUGUGAUAAUUUCCAUGUGACACUUGCCAUUUGUCCCAUAUUUGAACUGUUAAAGGCGUGAAAAGUCCUCCCAUUGACGUUGUUGUUGACUUGAUACCUUACCUGCAUCACAAGUCCGGCUGGUUUCACUAGCCCUUACUGGGUUUUGUUUCCAAAGUUUGACAAAACUCAGUUUGACUGAGACCACUUAGCAUGUUUGUUAGCAGUAAGGCUAAAAUUCCUCGCAGAAAACGCCUGUUAUUUGUCUAAGGAAAUGACUUCACUGCCAUAUGGCGAAGUCACAGUCUGCAUUCAUUGUCCACAAAGGUGUCCAGGAUAACUAAUGUUCUUCUGGAAUAGCAAAUAUGUCUGUCUUGAUCUAUUUUUACAUGAAAUAUUGAAUCACUUUUCUCCAGAAGCCCCUGAGCAUCAUGGAAAUGUGAAACCCGACUCUCCAGCAGGCAGAUGCAAGUCCCAGGCUGGACUGAAUGGCACUGAGGAUACAAGGUAAGCACUUUGCAGUAAAUUUGAACUCAUUAUUGAUCCGGUUCCUCUGUGAGGGCAAAGUCUAGAUAGACAGAUGGAGAAAGUAGGGAGGAAAACCGGAGAGUUAGAAGAUACAUAAAGCAGUUUACAUAAAUGCUAUCAAGUCCAUAUCAAGUGAUAAUUUUGAAAUUAAGGAACACGGAUGGACAAUGGGAGUUUUAUGAUUUUCUGUGUAUGUCUUUUCAUACAAAGACAAAGAUGCAAAUAUCAAGUUCGCUUUCUUGUUAUUAAUCACACGGGUUUAGGAAUGUCUGACGUGUAUGAGAGAUUUAACAUGUAUUAGUCUGAUAAGCUCCGGCCACUAGAUUACCGACUUUCCACCAGUUUUCAGAAAUAACACAGACCUCAAGGCAUUAAGAGGUUUAAUUUGCAUUCAGACUGUUUACAACCUUUAGGCUGUCCUUCACAGAGACCUAUAGUCACAGGACCUUCAGGUAAAAGUCCUGAUGUAUGGAUGGUUAAAGUCAAUAACAGCAAGGUGUUUUACUGGUUUCUUUGCACACAAUGACCUCAAGGUAUGUUGAAAUGUAAAAUAACUAGCUUUGCAAGGUUCCCAUACACAGCGACCUACUUCCAUUUUAAGUGUUUACAGCAGUCUCUCUUUUUAGUGUUAUACGCUGAUAUCUGUAGAGACCCUUGUAGAUUUAUCCUCUCAGCGUUAUUUCCCAGUAAUGUUACAGGGAUAGAGCUUUGAUAGUUGCCUACCGGCAUGUUGUUAUGGACUAAAUAUUUUGGAUUGAUAAACAGGCCUCAAUAUCUUAAGGGCUAAGUCAUAUAAGACUGACUUCUGGGCUAAAUAUAUCUGCAGGUAUCCAUCUGCAGACACACUACCUACAUUCUAGUCCAGCACAGGAGACUUUAUCUAUUGAAUGCGAUUAAGUUUCUAAAAUUACCGUCUGAGCCUUGGCCCUGUUAUUGAUCGUGUGAUCACUUGCAGAUAUCUGGUAUACCGCAUAGUCCUAAAUUAUAAUGGUUCUGACCUUUGAUCUUAUACAGGUCUGUUUUUAAAGCUUUAUUGCAGCCUCUCCCUAUUUAUCUGCCAAGAACAAUCAUAGAUAUUUAAGUCUGGCUUGGAAUAUUAGUCCCUAUCUUGCUUAGUACUUGGUAUGUGGUAGUUUUGACCAUUUAGAUUUGCAUUGUCUAUGAGGUCUUGCAUAAAUGGUGAUAAGUCACUGACCAUACUGAAAAAUUCACAAGCCCAUCAUUACUUAUUUUCUCAAGUAACAAUUCUUACAGUCCUAUUCAAACCUGGGAUGAAAGACUCUGUUCAGGGAACGUCAUAUCAAAGAUAAUAUAGUAAUAGCUGUAGCUCCUCUGUUUGUUUAUUUUGGAGAGGCAGCAAGUUCAGCAAUGUAUUCCUGAUUCUAAGACUAACAUUAAGUUCAACCACAUUGUUAAGUAACUUGUUUGUAUUCACACUUAGCAGUGCUGUUAUGUGGUAUCUUAUGUAAUCUUACUCAAACUUUUGUCCUAAAAUGUAUUUCCACUUACGAACACAAUUUGAGGUCAAAGUUUUGUUAAGCUCAGGAAAAGUUUGGUCUCAUGUUGUAUAUAAAUAAACUGCUAAACCACUAUAUUAAAAAACAACAACAUAUUUUGUAACUGGAAAAUUAAGGGUCAUUUUUUUGCCAAAUUCAUAAAUAGAACGCUCCUUUGCUCAUCCCUCCUGUUGGUAAAGUUACAGUGGCCCCUGAGGACAAAAAGCCCCAACAAAGCAUGUCAAGUUUGAUCCUCCAAAGUUUUUACCAUCAAAAACAUCUUACCAUACAAAUUCUUUUGCCAAAACCAACUGCUCUUGUUUUCUCAUCUACCACCCAGUGUGCUUGGUGCCACAAAAAGGUGUAUGUUGCUAGCUUGUCUGUUGUGUGUUUUGGAGGCUGGCUUCAUUCUUAUGUAGAUAUUCAGAUGGUUACUAUACACACUUAUGUGAAUUUGCUUGUGAAUAUAUUACUUCAUUUCUAUUGAGUCUGUUCUGCUAAAUUGUGCCAAAGACUGCGCACUGCACCUUUAACUCUAGACUAAGGCAAGUGUCAAACUUGUAUGCUCCACAAACCAACAUACAGACAAAAAUAGUCUAAUAAAGGAUUUGUUCAACAGCAGAUUGACAACACGCAUCUGUUCAUGUGCUUUUGGUCUGGGUAGAUACAGUAGCUCCAAGUUAAGCUGACAUUAAAUACAUCUAUAAGCAGCUACUAUGUGUUACCCUUUAAACUUGACUUUGUAUCAAUAUAGGUUCUUAUUAUCGGCAAGCUUAAGGUGUCUAUGUUUGGCUCUGAAUAUACUGCUGGUCAUUGGAAUACAUUUUUCGCUUUUAAAAGUGAGAGCAUAAUGGGGUUUAUUGGGAAUAAAAAGACAGACAGACAUCAAUGAAAGAGUAGAGGCAACUCUGUUUGACAUAAUGAGCGAAGGUGUCGCGUUAGAAGAGAGGAGUGAGACCAGAAGGUGUCAGUUUGUCAGUGAAAGGGAAAACAAGAACAGGAUUUUAACACCUCUGAGAAAGAGGUUUAGGAUCUGAGCAGCAGGUGCAAUGACCUUUCACUAGUGGUUUUUUUUCCAACAAAAUGAGUGCGUCAUAUUAAACUCCCACAUUUACACAAACAGCUUGUGCUUCUUAUUAUACUCUGAGUAGGAAUUAGCGUACACCCCUGUUGACUGUGCACCUGCUCUCAGCUUUGACUCAUUUUAUGGCCGUCCAAGUUCUCACCAGGUCUAACCAAUUUCAGCCUCCUAAUGAAACGCUUCAUUUUAGCUGCUGUUUCUUAAAGGCCCCCCCCCUCCACAAACCUACUUUCUUCUGUUUGGCUCUCUGGAGGCUUUCCCAAGCCGGCUGUCAUUUUCUCGUGGUUGUCCGAGAUUUGAUUAUUUACAUUUAUUUUCUAAGAUUAUGACAAAAUAUGCUUACCUUGUGAUUUGAAUUUUUGCCUACAUGUAAUAUGGACACCAAACUUUGUAACUUUGGCUUGUUUGUCAGCAUGAUAACCCUCACACCCCUAACUGAGUCAAAAAUCUUGACAACAAUGCAAAGGCAGAAAGCCUUGCCUAUUGUCAUGAAAGUGUGUGCUUGGGAGGAAACUCAGCCUUUUAUUGGAGCAUGUGGAGCAUGAGCAUGUAGAGAAUGUAUCUUUCUACAUCUCUAUAGAUAUUUGUGUUGUCUGUCUGAAAUCUGCCAGUGUCAUAUAUAUAUUUUUUGUACUCGUUAGCAAGCUUAAAUCUCUAUAGACCUCCUGAGACCCAGUCAUUCACUUUUGUGCACUGUAGUGCACACUGCGUUUUUGCUUGUAUCUCUCACACAAUACAGUUUGAGUGAGUUUUCAGAGCUAAGUUUAUUUAGUUUUACAGGGAAAAUGACUAAUUUAUUAAUGUAUACUGUAGUGCACAUCAGGACUUUGUACUUCAGUUUAUUUCACUAGUGGACAGGUCUUUGACAGAUGCAGGGAGGAUUCUUUUCAGAAUCACUGAGGGAGACUUAUCAACACCUUCAUAGGAAUCUCUGUGUACAUGGCAUGUCUAAGCUAUUCAAGAAUGUAUUGGGCUGCUAAAACAAGAGUCCCAGUUAUAGCUGAUUCCAUGACCUGUGAUCGUUUUACAAGAUCAGAUCUUUACUAAAAGGCCUGAAAUGGUCAACAGUCCAAGUCCUUUCAGGUGCAGAAUACCCCAGGUUCAAUAGUAAAAUAUAUGUAAGAUGUGUGAAGUGCCAAAUUUUCCUCUGUGUCUCCAAAAAAUCCUAGUGCUUUCUUGGGUAUCAUAAAUGAAUCGACGUUUGUCAAAUGGAAAGGUCGGUGUCUAGUGAAAAGUCAAUAAGUUCUAAGUUGACCCAGGACCUACUUUUCUUGGAUGUUUUUUAUGUAAAUAUGUUCAAUAUGUUUUGAUAUACUACUUAUAAAAAUAUUUCAGGUGAGAUUUCUAUUUUCAUAAUCAGUUUAUGAAUUUUGUUAAAGUGCCAGACAUUCGAUCAAUAAAAUCCUGUUGUGUACUAAGGUGCACAUGUUGUAGAAUUUAAAUGAAAUUAGUUAAAAACAAAAUAGCCUUUGCACUGUGUUUUUUACCACCCCAACUCUUAAUUUAUCUGAAAAAAUUUAAAAUCAAAAUACUUUUUUUUCCCUGGGUCUCAGGAGGAUAUCUCUAUACCGAAAGUCGGCACUGUCACACAGUGCCCAGGCUUCUUCUAAGGUUGUGGUAUUACAGCAACAAUAUCUCCUCAGUCAUGCAGGUGCCAGCAUAACUGGUGUUAUAAACAGGUGCAGCUCCCUUGCUCAUCCAACCCCUGAGGUAGACUAUCUGUCAACCUGCCAGCAGUCAACAUUCAUUUGCCCUUCUUCAGGUGCUGUCUGCAUUGUUCGCUGAAAGUGCUAUUCAUCUUUCUACCAUCAUAAUAAUCACUUGCUAUCUGAGGAAAGAGACAGAGGCAAGGUGGGAGGUGGUAAGAUGUACAAAAAUAGCUGCUCUAAAAAUAAAACCUCAGAGUUUCUCUCUGGAAACUGAGUUGUUAUCCACAAAGCCACUAUGCAUUCACAGGGUGUACAAGUAUGAGGCUGAAAAUGCUGUAAGAAAAAAACAACAAAGAUGUCUAAGCUUUAGUGGAUCAAUAUUCCCUCUUAAUUUGAGCUCCUACAGAUUUUUAUAAGAUAAAGCCACUCCUUUUGAAUAUACAGCAGCCACACUUGGUGAUCUGUACAGACAAAACACAGACCAGUUCAGUCUCCCAUGGGCUGCUCUCACUCUCAGUAACAAUGUCGUCUUUUGUCUUCACAGUUUGGCUGAGAAAUACUUACCCCAAUUCUUUCACUUUGUCCAACACUCAUAACAAUAAAUGUAGGAUUACUGCAUUCCAGUCUUGAAGUUAUGUGUCUUUCCCUACUGUUGAUCCUGUGAAUGUAGGAUUUUUGAGACAGACACCGUUUAUGUUGUUAACAGGGACAAUUCACAGAUGCGUUUAUGACAAACUUUGCCAAUUUUACACUGUUAUCAAAUCAGAAGAGCAUUUCUUUAUAAUUUGUGCACUGAUUUUGGGCCACAGUUCUGCUAAGGUGCACCAAAGACUUUCUUGGGAAGUAACUUUAUCACUGGCUAUGGAGAACUACUUUAUGUUGCCAGUCAGCUCAAGUGCUGCCCACUGCCUGCUCAGUAAAGCUCUGCUACAGACAGUGCUCACAGAGUAGGAAGCAGUGUCUAGACGAUCUAUGUGAUGGCAUUAUCUCUAAAAAAUCAGUGUUGGCUGCAUUGUAUGUUCAGUACAUGGUAGAAAACAUAUAUGGUAUUAUGAUUUCUGAGUUUUUUCUGACAGGCUCUUUGUAUGCCAAAUAUUUUCUACCAACACAUCUCUUAGCAAGACUCUUGUCGGAUGUUUUUUGCUUAAUAGUACAGCAUAUUUGAUCAUUACAUGUUUUAUCAAGAGUAAAUAAUUCUGACAUGCAAUUCCUCAAAAGUAACUGUGUGUCAAUGCAUUGCAGACCACAAGCCCUACAACUGGUCCACUGGGUAGCAUCAGUAUUCCCUUUAUUUACAACAUUUUGAGUAUCACUUCCUGCAUCGAUUUAGCACCAGCAUGUUCUAUUGCCUCCAACAGCUCUUAUUUUCUUUUUUCUUCUUGUGAAAAAUAGGCAGAAAAUGUAGUUGAACCUAAAGCUAGUGCACAAAUAUGGAGUGGUCAUGAUGCAUUUUGCUUCAGCAUAGCUACAACAUAGAGACAACAUAGAGUCAUGCAGUUGUUACCUCAAUAACAAUUCUUAACCCUGCAGCUUCCAUGCUCACUCUGUCCCUCUGCUUUACUCACAUAUGCCCGACCCCCCCCCCCCCCCCCCCCCCCCCGCUCUUAAGUCACUGAAGAAUAUCUGUAUUGAGGACAAAGACGUACAAUAAUGCAGACACAAAAUGUAGAAAUUCACGAGUGCGAUUUAAGAUCUUUAGAAACCAUAUAAAAAGAAAUUUUGAGAUUCCCUGUGCUAUGGCAGAGUCAGAAAAAACAUGAUUAUUUGCCUUUGCCUGUUUUCCAUUAUGAAUUUUAGGGUGGUAACAAAUUGUCUGUUGACCUUUGUCAAGACUUGGGAUCUGAUUUCUAAAACAGAAGCGUCUUUGUAGAGACAAAGUGACAGGAAGUUAGUCAGGCCCUCCUCUAAGUUUAGCCAGCUGGGCAGACAACAGUCCCAAGUCCAUUGCCACAUCCUUAUGCUUGUUGAAAGGAUUUUAUCUCUGUCUUUUGUGCCAGACGACUAUUUUGAUUCCAUUUUUUCACAAUUCAGUUUAUUUCAUAAUUGGUGCCCUGGGGAUCCAGAUCAACUGUGGGGCUGACUGUUUCACUCCUUCAUAUCUUUCAACACUUUCAUGGAAAUAUACACAACAACCAACAGCUUACUAAGCUAUGGCCUGAGAAGGAGGCAUGAAAAGAGGCCUGUUGUGUUUGGAUAGCUUGUGUGCUAACUCAAUUUCAGAAUUGACCUCCAGCAGUAAUUAAAACAGAGAUCUAAAGUGAUCAUUUCUUGGAUAGUUGAUUCAUAUUUUGAGAGGUGUUCACAGGACCAGCUGCCUGAAGCUUAGAGAACAGUGAUUGAACUGAAGCUGAUGAUUUGAAACCGCAGUUGGACCGUCAGAGUGACUUUAUUUUCUGUUAAAAAAAGAGUCAUGUCUCUCUUCGGACAGGUUUUAAAGUUGACUGAGUUAGUAGCUGUAAAAGCAGAGAGGCAGAUCACUGAACUUGAUCUAUGUCACAGGUUUGUCACUGCAGCAGCCAAAGACUUCAUUCAUAAAUAAUGAUAGCCUGUUGACAGAGUUAAGCAGUUAAGUGAAGAGUGCAUUAUUUAACACGAACAGGGUCUGAGUGAGUGAACUGAAAGGGUUUUAUAUAAGCAGAACCUUUUAAGUGUGAAACUACAUACAGAAAACGAGGCUCCUUUCUGUUCUUCAUAAGUAAAGGCAGAUUUUAUUGUUUAGGGUCUGAGUGGUUGGUCUUGUGUGAAGACAGAGUCCCAGUGUUAUGAAAGUUCACUGUUAGAGGCUCUUGCCUGUUAUGUUCUCUGUUAACUGAGAGGUUAUUUUUCACUUCCUAGCCUCGGUGGUCACUCUGUCACAUGCUCUCCACGAGCCAGUGUGUUCCCACUGUUUUCAUCCACAACAGCUGAGCUAUUGCAGGCUAAAAGUGAGCAAUCCAUCUAUCCCAAUAGCUAUUUCAGAACAAAUGUUAAAACUCUCUUAAAUCUUUCAUAACACCUUAGCCAUACAUAUGUUUAUCAGCUUAAAGCAGAAAAAAAGAUUAAAUCUCAUUAAUCUGUCAUGAGAAAUGAUCUGUCUUGUACAAACCUUAUUUGAAAAAAGAAAUGGUAAGGAUACAACAACAUCUCAGUUGUUACAAAUCUUUACUUUUGUAUGAAAAUAGAUGCUCACUUAAAAUUUUGUGGCGGCAACACAUUUCAAAAAGUUGUGACAGGGACACAUAACACAGAAAAAGUUGUGUUAUUCUAAAAUUACCAGAUAAAGACAAACAAGCUCCUGGGGAAAUAAAACAAAACCUUUGAACACCAAAAUCAUUACAAGGUCCCUCAGCCAAAGCUCAGAAUUUCUCUUAAAAUUAGUGUCUAUGAGCACAAGUCACUACUACAUCCAUAAACAUCAGAACAACUGAACCAUACAGCAAGGAAAUUAUGUGUACAUGUGUGUAGACGGGGGGAUUGGGGGGGGGCAAAAAAAUAGUCCUCUGCUCUAGAGAGCAGAGGGACCACUUGGUUUACUUUCAGACAUAGACAGUAUAAUGAAUGGUCGGCGUCUGCCUCCUUGCUGGGUGAAGCCACUCGGAGAAUAGCACCCUCUGUUGAUGGGCUGCAGUAUAGGUCAUAAAUCACACCUCCGCCAGCAAAACUUAUGGAGCUGUGGACAAACUUUAGAAAUUUAUUACGGAGAAUAUACAUUUUUAUCCCCCCUGCUUGCGAUGUUGACAUGUAGUUACAGUAAGACUGGUUUGUGCUCAAGUCCUCUUUUUCUGUGGAGCCCUUUUUUUAAAAGUUAUUAGGGGGUUCAUGUUUGCUAUGAUUGACACCUGAUACAGCCUAUUGGCAUUCAGGGAUUGCGUAGCUCACUCGGGGGAUACGCUGUUUGGGCCGAGCGUCAUCACAGCAACUCUCUGCGACUCUCCUGCCGAAUGCGCACAACGCUAAUGCGCAGCGCUGGUUUCAGGAAAUGAAGAAAAAUCCCGGAAAUACCGAGAGCUUUUCGGCUUCAAAUCCGUAUACAGGCGGGAGGCGGAACCAAGUUGUCCAUAGUAUAUACAGUUUAUGAUUUCAGGACACACUUUUGUGAUGUAUGGGGAUACACUGGUGUUUAUGACACAUCUGAAAAGGCUGGACAUAUUACAACAGCUUGGCUCUGUAGUAGAGGAGUCCAGGUUAGGGAGGCAAAUUCAAAGCAUUUUCCAUAAUCAGUCUUUGAGUGUAUUUAUCAUCAUUAUGACUGCAACGAUUAGUCGACAUUGCCAACAAAAAUCGAUAAUGAAAAAAGUCGACAAUGAAUUCCAUUGUCAACUAUUGUUGCCAGAUGUGUUUUACCAGUGGAGUGAGGCAUCUUACCUUAUUACAAUCUCUGCCUAGAGUCACACAUGCGCAAUAGCGUCUCCGCCAAACAGUAGGGUAUUCAAACAUGGCGGCGCCGGCGUCCCAUACAGCAGCCAUGAGUACACGCUUAAAAACCUCCAAAGUUUGGGAGCACUUUAGCCUAGAUAAGGUGGAAAAAAAAAUAAACCUGCAAGGUUUGCAAAGCAGACCUCACAUAUCAUGGCAACAUGUCGGUGAUAAACAAACAUAACCAAUUAGUCCACUAAUCAUUUCAAUAGACGGUGACUGGUCAACUAUUAAAAUAGUUAUUUGCAGCCCUAAUUAUCAUUGAUCAACAACUUAUAAGAAAACAUUUUUAAAAAAUUUUUAAUAACAAAACAACAGGCAGAGUAUAUGGAGAAUCAUAAAUAUUUUGACAUGCUUGAUAGCAACAUUCAGAGCAGGCUCAUGGAAGGCACUGAUGUUGCUGGUUUGCAGGUGCCACACUGACUUUCCACAGAUCUGUCAAUGUUCUGUUGAAAGAGUGGGGUAAGCUCCUAGCAAAAAGUUCCCAGCUUUUGUAUCCAUGUAGUUUUUGGUGGCUGUAGUGUAUACUUCCCCCAAUAGGAGCAUGUAUGGAUAGGGAUGUCCCAAAAUGAUGUUGAUGUCGGAUAUCAGUCCGAUAUCAGCAAAAAAAUGAAUAUCGGCUAUCAACCUGCAUCUUAAAUCUUUAUCUACCAGCACCCAGAUCCAGCAUGUAGAGCCCACAUGAUCACAACAACAGUGUGUACUAAGAUACUAACAAAGGAGGAAGGAGCAGGAGUGAUGUCGGCCGUGUUGUAGUAUUUUUGGUUGAAGUCUGAAAAGGACGUUGCAGCUGAGUGCAAAACUUGUCAUGUACAAUUAUGUGCCAAUAUCGGAUCAAUAUCACUAUCUGCCAAUACUUAAGGCUUACAUAUCGGUAUUGUAUCGAAAGUAAAACAGACGAUCUGGACACCCCUACGUACGAACCUGAUCUUUGGAUGCAGCCCCUUGCAGAUUGUCUUUGCUGUGUGCAGCAUCUUUGGCCAGCUGAAGCUCAAACUCCCACCCGAAUAACUGAAUUUAAUAUAAGACCACAUGUUGAUUAUCUCUGAUAAAAAAAGAAAUCAGACAUAAAAAUGAAAGGUACUCUUUUGACAAACAGUUACAUGAUACUCAUUAAUAAAUCCUAAGACAGAGUGCAUAACUUACUCAUAACUCUACUCAUCAUCAUCCAAGACUAUUGGCUUAUUGUGGAAAUCACCAAAGAAAACCCUGAAUGGUUGAGCAGCUGUAAUCAAACAUUAGGCAAGAAUGAGACAACAUUUUCACUUUUUCACAUUUCAGACUCCAUGAACUGGUCUCCUCUGCUCCCAAACAGUGUUGUUAUAAGUGGAAGGGUUGCAGCAUGAUGCACAUUGUUUUCAUAAAACAUUUAAUAUGUUUUCUUUUCUCUAUUUUCAACUGAAUAUUAUGCAGUUUCCAAUCCUGUGAGCUGCUAGUACAGUACAGUACAGGGGUUGAGCUUUGUCUAUUUUAGAAUAGAUCCUUGUUAGGCACUGACUUGCUGUCCACACCGUGGUGAUACAAGUCACUUGCUGUCUAGCAAUAAGAAGAGCACUUAUGUACCACUGUUUACUUUCAUGCAUCAUUAUGACGGAGUGAGGAAGGGAAGCUGUGAUAAAGCUGUGCAGUGAAAUAGCUGCUUGCAAUUCACACAUAAUGGAGUCAUAUUGUCAUUGUGUUACAUCUGGAUGUUCCUGUCACAGGAAUUCAAAUGUCAUUUUUUUUUUUUUGUUUGUUUCUUACACGAGUAAGUGGCACUUCAUGAUAGGGACAUUUUAAAAUGAAAUCAAAUGAAAUACUUAACACAAAAAUGAUCAGGUUAUCAAAUACAUCAGUGAUUUUGCUUAUUUUUCCAGUAGAAAUGGAAAAAAGCUCAAACUUCACACGUAUUUGUGGUCUUUGUUAAUACUUCAUGUACUUGCUGUUUUUGGUUCUCAUGAAUUGCAAUAUAUAUUUUUUUUGUAACCAUUUAAAUCAUCAGUGUGUCUGUGCCCUUAUGAGUGAGGGCAGGGACAAACUGAAUACUGCUCGCUUGUGUUUAAACUGCGGCUCUGCAGGGUAACAAUAGCAAACAGAUCUACCAAAAGAAUGUUGUCAGUACACUAACUUGUUCAUGGCAAAGUGUGCGUAAGUUGGCAGCCUGAGAGAUAGGCCUUGCCCAUAAUUAUCUUGCCUCCUGACAUUUCAAUCCCCACCUGUUUCACCAGUUAGUCAGCAUUCCCAAGAACAGUUUCAGUUCUGUUGGUCUGUAUUUGUUUAUUUGUCUCCAGAACAUGGAAUCUUAAAUGACUCUGUGAAAUGCAUUUGCCAUUUAACCACAGCCUCUUAGUCACUCAGACAUUCACGUCUACACACACAAGCACUCCCACACACUUUUAUCUGAAAUCAAGUCCAACAGCUACAUACUGGCCUAUUUAUGUUACAGCUAAAAAAGAAUAAAAGGGCUAAAGGUAAUUAAGCAUGGAGGUAUAUUGAAUAUGAGCGAAUAAAAAACACUCAAGGGGCCUUUAAUAGUUCAUAUAACAGGAAAGCACCAUGACACAAAAAGCCAUUCUCAAUCAAUGUUUUACAACAUGAAAAGCUUUCCCCACAUCAGCACUUACUUUUUAAUUACAGCCUCAGACAAUGUGGCUCUUAAUCCUUGUGCAGCUAUUGGAUACCUGCAAACUGCCAUGUCUGUGGGGCCAUUAACUGUUAGAUACUGAAGUUACGUUGUGGGCAGUGGUGUUGAUGUGAGCACUGGACUGUGAGACACUUUGCAAGUCAAUAGCUGGACUGUCACUUUAAGCUCAGGGAAAGCCAUUACUACUGCAAAUAAAUAGCAGGAUUGAAAGUGUGACUUCCACUAUUCCCCCACCAGGCAACCUGGAAAACAUGAAGCGGUCUGGGAUUUCAUUAUGUCUUCCAUGGGGGUUUGUGUGAGUUGUGUUUGUCAUGUUUUAUUUGGGGUGUUUUUCUCUCAUAGCUUAUGAUCUGUGCUUUAUGAGCAUCCUCUUAUUAUCAGUGAUGCAACCUGUGUGUGACAUUUGAGAUGCAACAAGGGGCCUGGCGUGUGGUGUUGUAUUAGCAGGAAGCAGGAUGACUUGCAAAAAUACCCUUAGAGUGUGGUUACUUAGCUGCAACGGCGGAAAUACUCUGCUCUAUUUGUACUGAUAUUUUAAGCCCAGAUGCGUUCAGGAGAUGGGGACAGUAAUAUGAGGAAGCUGACUUUGAAAUCCAUACUUGAUUUGUUAAUUUACUUCCUGACCUGCAACUAGAGCGACCCCCAUGUCUAUGUGUGGAAAUUUUUGUGCUUAUGGGAAACAAACACAAUAUGCAUGGUAAUUGUCUAUUGUUGUUGAGUCUGAAGGUGAGUAGUGUUCUCCGGAUGAACGUCUUUUACCAGAGUCCCAUAGCAGCAUUUUCCUGAAUAAUUCAGGCUCACUGUCAGACAGCUGCCAAGAGUUGUUGACAAAUCUGUGAUUCCUAACUGGCCAUAGGCUUUUUAGGUAGUUAGCAUUUCAUUGUGGAUUAUGUGGUUCAAGAAUAAUAACUGAUUGCUCAUACAUUAUGCAGCAGAACAAGAAAUGUCAUCAUAGGGCAUAAGGCUUUGUUCCCCCUGGAUUUAAAGCUUCAAACACUUAAUUUCUUUAAUGAAAACAUAAUCAAACAUACUAAAGUACAUUUUAAAAGACCUAUUCCACAGACACAGCUGAGUGUGAUGGGAAAAUAAAAUUCCCAGAUGUUUUUUCUUGUAGUGUUGCAUGGUAUGAUAAUGUUUUUUUUUUUUUUAACCCAUGCUGUGAUUUCUCGAAGUCAUGCCAGUUUUUAAUGCUUUGUCAGUUUAGGACCAUGAUUAUGGCCUCAAUGUUGGUUUUCAGCUUUAUCUCUUUUGGAGAUUUCCCCAUAGUCUGAUUCUGUUAAUGGUUUUAUGAAGAUGAUGAAACCCCCAAAUUCUCUUUAUGCUUUGGAAAACACUUCUCAUUAGGCGUGUAACGAUUCAUCUACAACAUCAGUGUAUCGAUUUAUAUUCCUGUGAUCCAACUACAUCAAUCUGUGCUCGGCAAGUCGGCCUUCUGGAUGAUAUAUAUUGAUCUAAAAUUGUUUUAAAAUGUAAUAAAUUGAUUUUACCAAUACUAGGAAAUAACCCAAGAGUUUUAAGCACAGCAGACUGUACAUGGCUGUGAGGUUUUAUUCACUUUAAAUGAUAAAGGUGUUAAGCGUUACUCGAUUCAGUCUGUCUAUCUGUGACCUCAUCGCCACGUGCCAGCAGACAACAAAACAUAGGCAUGGCAGAUGGUGGAGGAGAAGUCGGUGAGCGAGAAAUUAUUAAGUGACCAUUGCGGUCCAGUUUAUGCUUUAUUUAUUUUAUUUGUAUGCUGAAAAACAGCAACAGAAGAAGCAGGAAAAUCUGCUGUUAAUUCAACCUCAGGAUAUGUUGGUCGCACUUUAUUUUUUACAUUUAAACUGUAUCAUUUUUGUGUUGAAAAACAACAGCAGAAGUAGCAGAAAUAUUGGAUGCACUUACCGUACUUUCAUUGAAAAUGUAUUGAAUAUUCAAAUUGCAAACAGAAAAUCUGUUAAUCUGUCAAUUCAACCUGGAAAGGAGGUUGCACUUUUUUCAAAUAAAAUGUGAAUGCAUUUGCUAUCAAUUGUGGUCUUCUUCUUUGUUUAUAACCAUAAUUACUUUAUACCUGAUUUCCUGAAGAAACAACAGGAAUCUAGGAACUCCAGCACUGUCCAGUAUCCAGGUAUUUGUUUCACAGUCCCACUGGUUGAAUUGUUGGCUAAAAAGUUACUGAAUCAAUUUCAAGUUAUUGAACUAUUUUGGAUCGCAUUGUCUUAAUGAACCAAUAUUGUCCUUGAAUCGAGUCGGCAACCAUGAAUCAUGAUAUGAAUUGAAUUGUUGUUAAAAUGUAUCGGUACACCCCUACUUUUCAUAUUGUUAAACUCACGUCCAGCAGUCUAACCUUCCAUAGAGCAUUUGAUUAUCCAGCCAUUGCAUUGCCCUGCAUUGCUUUACAUCAGGUGUUCAUAUAACCUUUGUUAUCCAUGCUCAUGUAAAAAAUCCAGGUACCUACCAGCUGCACCCUCAGGAUGGAACACCUCCAUCAAAAGAUGUGUGAUCUUGCCAUGAUCUCCUUUUAUGUUUGUGUUUACUUAGCAGGCAAACUGAGUUGUGUUCUGAUAUUUGGUUGUUUUCUUUCUAUCAAUGAAAUAAUACACAGACAAAGCAGUAAUGCUUGUUAAACGUCCUGAUAGAAAUCACUCUCUUAGUAGUCCCUCUCCUCAGAAGAAUUCUCAGUAUUGAGAUAGCUAGCUCUUCAUUAUUACAUGAAUCUGUAAACACUUUUGAGCAUGGACAAUCAAAUAUGAAGCAGUUUCGAGCUGAGUCACUUGCAACUAGUUUAGACAACUCAAGAGAAAACAAGUAAAAUAGAUCAUUUUCCAGAAAACACAAGUAACUGAGUAAAGUGCCUCUUUGUAAGUUCUGAGAUUUGUUUUUGUUUACUGGAGGACCAAUGUUAAAGGUCACUUUCUCAGAAAAAACUACUGAUGAUAAAAGAACAAAGGGUCAGCAAGCAUGUGGAUCUGUUGGUUGAGAUCCUGCCUUUGUGUUCCUUGCCCUGUAUAGUUGACAUUAAUAACGACUUUUUUAAAUUAAACAAAUUCACUGUUAAAUUCAAUAAACAUCAGAAAAACAGCUACUAACUUUUGAUCAACUUUACUUUUACUUUUUUUAUAAUGAGAAAAUGCAUUCAAAAAUAUUCAGAGAACUGAUGAAUUCACACCACACUAUGACCAGUAGACUGAUGUAAAUCAAAACAUUAGGAUGGGCUCAAAUAGACAAAAAGGCUACAUGAAGCUGUGAGGAUUUUAUUUAUUUAUUCAUUCGAAAUUUUAUCUCAAUAAAAUUGUGUACAUGAAAAAAGUAUAUUCAUGCUCAUGCUUUUACUAAACCCUAACAACAUCUGUCCUUUUCUUGUCUUUUAGGAAAAUUUGCACUUUUUUGAAGCCUUAUUGCAUUUUUUUUCUGAUGGCACAUGAAUUUGUUCAAAGUAGAAGAAUUUACUUUCUUUCAAUGUAAAUCUGAUGCAUACUUUUCCAAAAUAUGUGACACCUUUUGGUCAAAUCAUUUUCACAUGAAGUAAUCAGAGCUGUAAGAAGUCCCCAAAAGCUUUGACUAUCACUUGAGCCAAUGUUUGUUGGGGCUGAAGAAACUAGUGGUUGGUUUCAGUGUGGGUUCUGUGGAUAAUGUAGGCACUGUGUGAUGACAUGAUUUAAGAUUGUGUGAGAUAAGGUAGAGCACAGCUGUGGUCCUGCUGACAACGUUACUUUUGAAACAAUCCAUUGAAGUGUGCACUGCUAAAUUUGUGGCAUGCACUCAUAGCCUUAUAACUGUGUUACUGGUGUUACAGAUUUAGUACUUUAUUCUUCAAAGCUACUUUAACACCAAACUAAUUGGAAACAUCAUUACAUGGCUUCCAUAAAGAUCAGAAACAACCUCCUUGCAGUGAAAGCACUGAAGAGAGUGUUAUUUUGGGGGUGUGUUUGGCCUUUAUUUGGUAGAAAAGAUUUAGAAAAACAGGAAAUGUGGAAAGAAAGUGGGGUAAGACAGAGUACUGUGUACCUGCUGAGCUAAACUGACGCCUCCAACAGCUUCCUUUAGGUCAGUCCAGCAUUGAUAAUGCAACCUUUUCAGGAGUUUAAAUUUUAAAUGAGUCAAAACCUUCAUUUUUGGUCUGGCAAUUUUCUUGUGCUAAGGAAAGGUUUUCAGUUAUCAUAAGUCAGAGUCCAGAUGUCCAGACAUAAUUAAAUGUACAAGAUUCAUAACUAUGAAUGUAGUGUGUUUCUAAGCUUUCCAGUAUAAAGCUUUACAAUGAGCUUAUGAUGGAAAGGAAUUCAUUCUUGAGCUGUACUUUCGCUCAGAGAAAUAUUUCCACUUCACCUCUUAACACUUGGGAAGUGGCAUUUUGAAAUGACAUCAACAAAACACACACAUUUAAAGUUUGAUGGAUGUUGUUGGACCUCCAUGGAUCUGUUCGAUCCUCUGGACUCUGUCAUUGACAUUUUUGUGAAAGAAAUUCAUGCUGAUGUCUUGUUGACAUUUGGCUCAGGCAUCCUUCCACCUUGACUGGACAUCGGAGGUGGCAUGAGGUCAUGCUGCCUCACUCGUACACAGGCUCAACUUGGCCACUGAUUGUCACAUGGGUCACGAGUGAGCUUGUUACCCAGCCAGGCAGACUGCCAACCACCUCUGUUCCUAGCUAGCCAGUGCUUGGUCAGCAACACAAUGAGCCUAUUCUCCCUCACAAGUUAGACAUGGAUUUUGUUAAAAGAUAUUCAGCUCAGAGAAUUGAGAUUUAUUUGCAAAUGCCACAUUGAGAUUAGAGAUAAUGUGGAGGAGGGUGCAUGUAUUUGUUUGUUUGCAGGGCCUGUCAGCUACCGGCCAUGUCAACACUUGAGAAGUUGAGAAAUGGAACAAAUAGAGAGUAACACUGGGCAUGAAUCGGCAUAUUUCUUCAGCCAUUCGUCUAAAUGUGUAUGCACACAUUAACUACAAAGUCCUGGUUUGUCGUCUGUUUAGUGCCUUUUCCAGAGUGAGGAAUACAGCACAGGAUAAAACCUGGCCAUUGAGACUGAUGAAUCUAAUUACUAAAAUAAUCCAACUUCAUUAACACUCAUGCUUUGCACAAAUUAGAGGCAUGUUCACAGCUGGCUUCUUCAGAAUCAAUUAGCACACAUCAGUAAUAAGAAGAGACAAAUGGAGCCACAGCACAUACUGUACUCAUCCAACCACAUCCUCAUGGCAGCUUCAUGUGGCCUUUAGUCUUUGAGCCUAGUUAUUCGCUCAACAACAACAAAACAAACCAGAAAACAACUCAUAGGUGAAGUUAGAUGAUAUUUGAGUUGAAGUCAAAAAGACAUUUUUGAAUAUUUCUGUGUCUUUUUUUUCACCCUUCCUAGUCUGGAUCUGUAGGUUGGUUCUCAUCUUGAGCUCUUCUUUUUAGAAAAAUAACAAAACAACCAUGAAGGGCUUUAACUUUGUGAUGUUCCUUCAGUCCUCAUAGACAAUUUGCUUUCUAUCCUUUGAUGAUCCUACCCUGUACUUGUGUUCUCAGUAAAUUCCCAUCCCAGAAAUGUUUUCAACCUACUUUUAAGUACAAGUCACUGUGAAGGUUUGAAACUAGGUCUCUUCCAGUGGGCAGGUUCUAAUUCCCAUCAUCCACCAUUCCCAUCUGGUCAGGUGGCAGCAGUGACAGGCAUUAAAAAUGGCUUCACAGAAAUACUAGUUAUAACCUGAUUUUAUUAUUGGUCAGUUUUAAGUUGAGGCUGUUUAUGAAUAUAGUUUUAAACUCUGAUUUGUUAGGAGGCAGUUGGUCAACGUGCACAGCCCGUUUAUGCAGGUUGUGCCUCAAAACUGAUUUGCUUCUUGGCUGACGCUCCUCUGCCACAUGUCACUCCCUGCUCUAUCUCCUGCUCUGUUCACUGUCCUGUCCUCUUCAAUAAAGGCAAAAUAUUCUGAGGAUAAUCUUAAACUUGAAAUCUCGACAGCCCAGAAGAAAAUUCAGUUUUUGUCUAACUUUUCAUAACUUUUCAGUUUAGAGGAUAUUUCAAAGUUAAGAGUUUUGCAAGUUAAGGGGUCUAGCUGACAGGUCAGAUAGUCAAAAAAUCAGGUACUCUGUUUUAGAGGAGGCUAAAGUCUUGGCCAUCACCCAACCUGACCUGUAAUGAUCAGUGACUGGUAUUAAACCACAGCAAAUACAACACAAGUUUUGUAUCAUCAAAAUAUAAGCUCUUUAUUCUUGUAAGCUUAUUCUGAUCAUCUUUUAACAUUAGGCUUUGUACUGGAGAAAAAAAAAAACAGUUUCUGGUAGUUACUUGUCACAGCUGGUGAGUGGGAUUGUAAGUGGUGGCCUUUUUCAGGCACACAUGUAAGUGUGCGUUUCUGUCCUGAAAAAGCACAAUGAUCUGCUUGGCUAGAGGUGUUUAGAGACACUAAAAUAUAUUGACACGGAAAGUUCGUAUUUAAUGCCUCAUCUUUCCUUUUUUUUAAAAUGGAGUCAGGAGACCUAACCCCAGUAUUAGACAUAUUUUGACACUUAAUAGUCUCUUUUUCGACCUGCUAGAAAAAAGCAUCACCAUAACAAUACUUGGAUCCCCCUCUGCAGGGACUUUGCCCAAUCUCUUUUUCUUAUUUAGUGAAGAGGACCCCCCCCCCCCAACUUUCUACCUAGAUAUGCUUGUCUGUGGUCUUACAAUGGUUAUAGUGAGCCACUUGAAAGUGGUUCAAACAUCAAAUAUUUAUGAAAUGUAUAUUCCUGUAAAAUAGUAAUUGUCUGAAAUGCUACAAAUAAAUCAAUAGCUAGUUUAUUCAUCCAAAGGAACAAACCGAAGUUUCUAACCAACAGUCCAGAGCCCCCUAAAAUAUGCCAAAUAUGUUCACAUACGUAAAGGAACAGCUUGUCAUUCUGACUUUGAAAAUGCUGAGCUAUUUGAGGAGUAUAAGUAUUAGAUGUAGAGAAUUUCUGAUAAUCACCUUAUCAUAAAGAGUUAUGGAUGACUUGGUCAACUUAAGUACAUUUGUCACUAACUUAUCAUUUUACGUCUGUCUUCUUCGCAGACUGUGACUCAGUUGGAGUACUGCAAUGACCAGCAAGCAUCGUAGCCAUGCAGAGAGCGCUCACUCCACAGAAAAAAAGCCACUCACCGUGUCCCCCAAGCUCCAUGUCCAGCGAUCACAGUCUAAGGAGAACAUCACCAUCCACUUCUCAGCUCUUGGGAAGGAGGAAGAGGAGGAGGAAGAGGAGCUUUACAUGACAACUGUUUCUGCUACCCCAUCUGCUCAGGAUGACUCAAACAUCAUGACUGCCUUAGAAGCUAGUGAGGAGAUGUUCGACGCAGUGGCACCGGACUCUGAAGCUGAGGCUACUGUUAGUCCUGCAUCAUCCAGAGUUUCUCGAAUUCCUAGACGUCAUGCAAACAGUUCACCCACAGACACUCCAUCAUCUCAUGUUCCUGACAAAAAAGGCUCUACAUCCAGCUCCUCUCCCACCAAAUCGUCAAGCUUUCCCACCAGUGAUAAACCUUUUCUCAAUUUGGUGAAGUCUCUCUCCGACAUGGAGACUCGUGAGGGGACCCCUGCUACUCCCACUCCCACAGUGAGGCACAGACAUCUAAUGAAGAAUUUUGUCAAAUCUUUAUCUUCAGAUACAUCCCAGGACACAUCCACCUCCUCCUCUUCCACACCUUAUCGUCUUCCAGAAUCCCGCCUUAACCUGCAGCUCUUCAAGCAAUUCACACAGUCCCGGGCUCCAUCUGGAGUAAUGUCAUCAACAAAUGAUUCUAAAACAGCCCCGUGUUCUCCAUUAACCUCACCCGAUAGCCGCAGCUUCUUCAAGGUCUCAGAGGUUGAGGCGAAAAUUGAAGACACCAAACGGCGUCUCUCUGAGGCGAUCUCUGAACCACUCCAGCUGCUGAGCAAGAUCAUGGAUGAAAAGGGUGCCAGCCUGGGUAGCGGCAGCAUGUAUCGGCCUAAGGUCCUCUCUGCUAGUGCGACAGAACUUUCCAGCAUAUCAGUCAAUGGUCACCUGGAGAGCAACAACAACUACUGCAUCAAGGAGGAAGAGGGAGGUGAAUGGGAGGCUGAGUGCCCAAAUAGUGACGCUCCAGGUUCAGCUGAAGCUCAGUCUAACCCUCCUUCUGCCGAAACCAAGUGCCCCAACAAGUCAUCCUCACUGUCCAUGUCAUUGGACAAAUGCUCCAUGUCUGCUCUUGCUAAACAGGAGGAUGAGGACUACUGCAUUCUUUAUAAUGGAGACUUUGAGACUUGCACUGACACAGACAGUUAUGGCUGUAACAAAACGGACGACACUGGGAGCCAAACUAAAGUGCCACUUAGUGGUAGUACUGAACCAUGCAGUGAAGAUGAGUCUGAAAGUAUUGAGCCGGCACCAAGUGUUCCACAAUAUACUCUCAUUAUCCUCACUGUGAUGGUCUAUGGAUGCUUUGUUUUACCUCUGCCUACUUAUGUAGGAGGAGUGCUGCUUGGGGUUGGGCUGGGAUUUCUUUUAGCCAUUGGUGUUGUAUGGUUGACGGGACCAAAACCUUCUGACAGUGGUUUCAGACGUUUCAGACGACUUGGGAGGUUGUGGAAUGUUGCCAAAUUGGACAUUAAGGAACCAGAGAUCUAUAAGGUCAGUUAACGUGUUAGAAUUCAACAUUUAGCUGUGUGUGUUUUUAUGUUGUUUUGAAAGGGCAUACAUAACUUUGUUUGGUCUCAUGCACGUUAUUUGAUGAUGUGGGGCAUGCCUCACAACAUGAGGGAGCAGCAUCUGCCUCACAACCAAUCAGGUUGGGGAGGUGGAGAAUGGCUUUGUUUACAUUUAAAAAGAGCAGGCCGCUCAAACAUUUUUAAAUGUUGACUAUACAGGCAUAUGAGAACGCAGGGAUAUUGUGAUAUUACCAAAUGUUAUCAAUAACUAAUAGCUAUUGACUGAUAUUAAAAGCUUUUUUUUAUAUACGCCACAAAAAAGAUGCUUCUUUAAUGGAAUCCUGCCAGCCCCACCUUUAAGUUAUUAUUACCUUCACGUAUUUAACAAGGUUAGUUUUUAAACUUCUAUUCAUUUAAUGAACAAUUAGGCUUUUUUCCAGCACAAAUCUAGCCCUCAAAAUAAGAGAGUUGUGAAUGAAUGUGGGUCAUUUUAACUCUAGAUAGCCCAAAGAUUACAGGAUUGGAAUAAUGUCUCAAAGAGUAGGAGUCAAAGAAAAGUCAAUGUUAAUGCAGCAGUUUUUGGUAGAGAGUAGGGUUGGGAAUCGAGAAUCGAGAAUCGAUGGGAAUCGGGACUAAAACUUCUAUUCUUCCGGUAUCGUUCAAAUAUUAAAAUUUCGAUUCCAAGUUUCGAUGCCAGAGUCCGCCGACCGGAAGAAAUAGCCGCCGAAAAUCAACGAAGAAGAAGCCGCUUAACACCAAUGAGGACGGAGCGUAUGAGACAAAGCCACACAGAGAGAGGAGAGAGACAGAGAGAGAAAGUACAUUGCAACCCACAGCAAUGCAGCUGCUGUGGGUUACAAUUUCUCUCUGUCUCUCUCCUCUCUCUGUGUGGCUUCGUCUCAUACGCUCCGUCCUCGUUGGUGUUCGGCAGCUUCUUCCUCGUUGGUCAAAAGUUUGGCUAACUUUAGCAGGAAGAAUGAACUCUUAUCUCAAUGCAACAUUAGCAAUACAGUUAUAUCAUGCAAAGGAGGGUAAACGACCAACAUGAUUAAACACCUCAGGAUUCAUGGAGGAGAAAUACCCGAGUGCUCGUCUUUGACGCGCUUCACCGGUGUUGUGUCGUUGAAUGCACCCCUGACGGGAGCGCGGUUGAAAGUACACAACAAGGCGAAACAAUCCAAGUUUUUCUUACCGUUUGACGGAAUCUAAAGCGUUUGCCUUUAAUGAUUUCAUUCAGGCUAUUCAGAUAUGCCGAAAACAAUAGCCCUCUGAUUCGGAAUAUUUACUGUCCUGAAAAUAUUAUGUUCUCUACAUUAACAGCUUACUCUACAGUUUAUAUACCCAAGUACACCUUUAUGUGUGCAUUUUUGAGACACAUACAAACAAAACGAAAGUUUACUGCUCCAUUUGACACGUUUUCAUGAUCAGUGGAGGGGAGGCAUUCUACGGCAGGGGUGCAUUCUACAGCACAACACCUGUCUCCCGCUAACCAGUCAGGAUCAGAUAAGUGAAACAAUAAAUUACUUCUGUCCUCUGCUAACUUUGAAACGGUAAAGAAAUUGAACUGUGUACGGUGAGUAAACUUAAAUAUCCACCUAACGUUAGCCCUUGUACUUUUUCAUAGACAAACGACCUGAAAACAAAAAUUGAUAUUUAUAUACUGGUUGAAAAUAGCUCUGUGAGAAAUUCAUAGUAAAGUUCUUAAAAAGUUAAUAGGAUUUAAAAAUUCAUGGAGAAGUUCAGAAAUUUCAUCCAAAAAGAAGAGCCCCGGUUAGCAACCUCAUUCAAACCAUGCUUUUUUUUAUUCUUUUUUCUUUUUUCUUUUUGAUAUCCUGCCUUUUAAAAGAAUCGAAUUAGAGAAUCGAUAGGAAUCGGAAUCGAAAUCGAAAUGAGGAAUCGAAAUUGGAAUCGGAAUCGUUCAAAAUCAAACGAUACCCAACCCUAGUAGAGAGUCAAUAAUUUAAACAAUAACACAAAAAAAAAAAACAUUCAUUGAUCUUGAAAAAUAAAUUAAAACUUGCACAAAUUUCAUUUUCUGGAUUUGAUCUCUGUGUUAAUCUCAGUGGCAGAGCGGCAGCCGUCUGAUACAAACAAUCCUCCACAUGUUAAAGAGGCUUUAGUCAAAUCUCAUUGUGGAAAAGAGGAACACUGCAGCACCAUUUCAGUUUGAAUCAGUUCAAUAAUUUAUCUGCUGCUAUGCUCAUAAUUUCACAAUGCUAGUUUUCCAGAGAAAUACAGAAGAAGAACAUAAUUCUGUGAUAACUUCCCCCUUAUCAUUCAGACCUGGGUGAUGAUUUGUGAGCAUUGAUUUAUUUAUCAGUAACUUAUUUAUCAGGGUUUCUUUGCAAAUGUUGUGGUCUAUGAUAAGAAAGGGUCGUCCUGAUGCAAACUUGAAGUUCCUCUCACUAAGUUUAAGUCAAAUCUAGUUUAUGUUUUGCUGUGACACUCGGAUGCAAAAUAGUCAAGUCAAAGGAUCAUGCUUGCUGGCAUAUUUACCAUAGAUAAGGAAUUACAUAAUGCACAUAACAUUUCUACGGAGGUCAUUUUUCUGGAAAAAUCAAAUGCUGUAAAAUUAUAUUCUCAGUGUCCUCAUGUUUUAAAUUAUUUUUUGUUUUUAGGGUGUUAAAAAAUGAACCUGAUACAUGCCCAGCUUUGCAAUUUUAGAUUAAAACUGAUUUUUUGAGCCCUGUGAUCUCAAUCUAUGUCAUGUAAAAUAAUAUUUCUGUUUACCCUCUAGGGCUGGAUGAAUGAGAUUUCCAACUAUGACCCUGAGACAUACCAUGCCACACUGACUCAGUCUGUUUUUGUCCGGUUGGAGGGCUCCAUCAUCCGUCUGUCCAAACCUAAUCACAACAUUGCACGCCGUGCAAGUCAUAAUGAACCAAAACCUGAUGUUACCUAUAUCAGUCAGAAGAUCUACGAUCUCACCAACAGCAGAGUAUGUAAUAUGAUUCACUAAGUAAUAUCUGAGAGCCUUUUACUCAAUUUUCAUUCAGCGCAUAAUCUGUCAUCAGCAGUUGUGUUUUUAGGUUGUACACAUUUGGAUAUUGUCCUCUAGCUCUCUUAGUAGUCUUAAAAAGUCAUGAAAAAUAUGUAUAAUUUUCAAACUUAUUUUGAUAGAGUCUUUCUUCUAUAAUCCUCUCAAAGGUAUUUUUAAUGCCUCAAAGCCUGGCCAGGAAGCGAUUAUGGAACAAAAAAUACCCCAUCUGCAUUGAACUUGGCAAACAGGAUGACUUCAUGUCAAAGGCUGAGGGUGAAAAGUGGGAGCCCAGUGAGAAAGGGGAAGGCACAGGAGGAACACAGGAUCGACGGUCUUCAUCCAGUAAAGACCUGACUCUCUACCUGUUUGGAAGGACUGGCAGGGAGAAGGAGGAGUGGUUUCAGCGGAUUCUAUCAGCUUCCAAGCUCAAGGUGGAUAUGAAGAAAGCAACAGGCUUGGGGACGUGCAAGAGUGGUAAGCAAAACUGAUGUUUGUGUCAGCAAGACAUGUUUCUCCUACAGAUUAAAGCGACAGUAAUAUUGGAACAUAUCUUUUUUUUUUCUUUUAAUCUUACUCUACUUUGAUUUUUUUCUCAAAGCAUCAGUUAAAUAAAUAGGAGUUUUAUUCAUGAACUAUACCACCACAGUUAUCAAAUCUGAGAUUUUGGAGGCUUUCAAGCUCAGGAAAUCAAGCCAAUUGGGCCCUUUUAAUUUUAGAAAGCAGUGAACAAGUCACUCAGAGUAAAGCAAACUAAGCACCAAGCUUGUGCUUUGCUACCAGAUAAACCCAACAUCCUGAUGAAAUCAAAUAUGCCCAGUCUAGGGUGACUUUGAAGUCUCCUCAUAAGAGAUCUGACUUUUGAUCAAAUGCAUUUUUUCUUAAUUUAGGACAUAUAACUGUCCUUCUGUCCUCUAUAACUGCUGUGUAUAGAGGACAGAAGGAGACAGAAUGAAAUAUAUAAAUACAUUUUUAAAUAAAUAAAUAGUGUCAUUAAUUAUUUAAAAUGGGAAUAAAAUACAUAAAUGUUACAUAAAAUGUGUCAUUAAUAUGAUAAAAUACCAGUUUAUUCAAUGUAAAAAAAUAUAUAAUUAUCUCACUUUUUUAUUAAUUAUUUCAUGGACCUGUGUUGCAGUGCUUCAUGAAUUUAUUUUAUCUGGCAAACUCACUAAUCAAAGUCAGUUGUCAGGACUAAUGCUGAUCUAGUGUGAUCCAUUGCUUUGGUCUGAAGCCUGAAGUCUUUCAAAACAUAGCAGCUAUGGAGGAUAUGCUCCAACUUUCUCAGGAGUUGGUUAUACAUAUUUUGACCUUGCAGAGUAUGUGGAAGCGGGACCUGCUGACCUUGAGCAUGUAGUAUGAACACCAGAGGAAUUAAGGGACAUUUUUGGAGUCAUUCCCGUACUCUCCAACCAAGAUAUUGACCACAGAGUUGCUGCAUCAAUCCAUUAUCUGGAGUUGAUCUGUCUUGACUUGAUGUGCCAAUCAGGUGUUAGGAUCUGCCCAAUGACUUUGAUUUAAUGGCACAUUUAUUGAUUUAAUUCCCAUUUUAAUUAAUUAUUGACAAAUUUAAGUAUUUAUUUAAAGAUGUCUUAUAUAUUACAUUCUGUUUCUUUUCAUUCCUCCAUAGCUCUGGGAAAUCUCCCUUCACUGUUUUCCAGUAUCCAGUUCAGGUCAAUAUCCCUAAAGAUUUCUUUGGUGUUGAAGCGCUAAAAUGAUCAUCUCUUUGUGCUGUUUGUAGUGCCAACAGCUCUGAGCUCUCACAGUCGGAGUGCCAGCCGCAGUAGUUUGGAUGAACUGUCAUCACAGCCCAGGUCAAAGGACUCCUCAGCCUCCUCAACAACAGCAGGCAGUGCCAAAACUAAGCCACUCUUGGAAUACAGUGUAUACAUGGCCUCCAUACUGCCAAAACAGGCAGCAGUCAGCCCUGCAGCUGCCAGCCCUGCUCCCCAGAGUCCACAGAGCAGCCCUGGGUCUGACAAGAAGGUAACAUACACUCAUCCACUCUUCACACCAGUAACAUUUUUUUACACUCCUCAUGUUGGUGGCCAACAUGUCAUCUAUUGUGUUUAAUCUUGUUUUGUUGCAAGCUGGCUCUCUGCAAUCAGCAAACAUCCAGUGUUGUUUAUUAUCAAGAUGUAAAGUGAUAAAAUGGCUGUAUGGUGUGGGGAAUAAAUGUUCCUGAAAUCUUGACUGAGAAAUGAAAUCCUUUUCCUAUUUGUUCGACCUUUGUUUGUUUGAAAUGUUGUGUUUGUAGCUUCAGCCUACUGCCUCAGUUCCAGUACCACCCAGCAUAGAGGAAGACGAUAAUGUUGCCUGGGUAAAUGCAGCUCUUGGUCGGGUCUUCUGGGACUUCCUAAGUGAGCCACACUGGGCUGAGAUGGUCUCCAGUAAGAUUCAGAUGAAGCUCAGCAAGAUACGGGUGAGAAGCACAAGACUGUCAGCAGUCUUUCUCUCCAAAAAUGUCAACUUUAACAUGCAAACUUGCAAAAAUAAUGAGUGUAGAGAUGGACAAAAAAUGAAUGCAGCUCACUCUUGUGCUGAACACAAAAUGUGGCAAACUCACUGAAAACACACUUUGAUAAACAUUGAUAAAUGUGAAAAAAUCCAAGCCAGGGAGUCAUUGUGCUCUUUUUGAAAGAGUAUUUAAAUAAUGAGUUAUUUUUUCAUAUACUGGAUCUAAGUCCUUUUCUAUAAUAUGACAACCAUUGUUAUGUUCACAUCAUUUCACCAUACAGACAAAGCUUAUGAUUAAGUGUUGUGGACGUUUAUGCUUGAGUAUUUCUGUUACUGUCAUAGACACUUAAGGCUCUAUUUUCGUGCCUCGCCGGAGACGUGGCACAGGCGCGGUGUAAGUCAGGUCCGCCGUGCCGACAAGGCGUGCCCAAGCACAAUUUGGUAUUUUGGUGAGCGGUGCAGCCCGGUGUUAGUAUCCCCCUCCCUAACUCGGCUCCUCCCAGCAGCUUAAGUAGUAGAGAGGGUGGAGAGAAGGCGUGGAGUGGGUUUAACACAGCCGAGUCCUGUUUUCACCAAUAACAUCAGCUCCUCUCCUCACCUUUAAAUCAGCCACCGGCGAGGCGUAUUACAAUUUUCGUGAAGUAAUCGAAGAGAUGAAGAGAUGGCUGAAGACAGCAAUGCCACACGAUGGCGACAGAAGGCAGCCCCUCAACAAGUGUCACUGUAAGUGCUGCAGAGGGGGUCCUGCACACUGUCUCAUAUAAGCGCAGAUGGAUUUGGUGUGUGGUGUUGGACCCACUUGACAGACAAACACCCUUUUCCUACAAAUAAAGACACUCACAUAAAGUUGCAUUUAAAUUUUUUAUUUAAACCCCACAUGACAAAGGUGGGUUGUGCGCACGGAUCACGCAUCAUGCUCCAUGGCCUGGCUCUUUCUUUCAUAGAUGUUGGUAUAUAAAAUAAAUUUGGCUCACAAAACUGAAUAUUAUAAUAUUCCUAUGUGGGCCUAACUCCGCAUUGAAUAUUUAUAGAAUCUUAAUGAUGUGAGGAAAUCAGAUAAACAGGUAAUUUUGAGUAAAACUUUCUUUUCUUUUCUUUCUUUUAUUGUUCAAAUUUUCGAAGUAAAUAACUCAUCUGAUCACUAAAAUCAAUCAUCUGGUCAGCCGUGACACCGCAGCAGCAGCAGGACGCAGAGAGGACAUGGAGACAUGUCAGGUGUUGUGCCAUGGAAUGCACCCCCUGAUGGGAGCGCGGUUGAAAGUACACAACAAGGCGAAACAAUCCAAAUUUUCCUUACUGUUGGACUGAUUCUAAAGCGUGUGCCUUUAAUGAUUUCAUUCAGGCUAUUCAGAUAUGCCGAAAACAAUAGCCCUCUGAUUCGGAAUAUUUGCUGCCCUGAAAAUAUAAUGUUCUCUACCUUAACAGCUUACUGUACAGUUUAUAUAAUCAAGUACACCUCUGUAUGUGCACUUUUUAAAUACCUAAAAACAGAAUGAAAGUUUGCUGCUCCAUUUGACAUGUUGUCAUGAUCCAAUACUCGUGUUUUUUUUAAAUAUGAGAUAAUUUUUUCCACUUUAAGAUGCUAAUGAGUGGAUGGGAUGCAGGGAAUGCAUUCUACGGCAGGGAUGCAUUCUACAGCACAACACCUAUUGAGCUGCGUGAGGAGGAAGGAGGAUAAGCGGGGAGACAAAUUAAAUAUUUUGUACUUCAUCAUGUGUGACUGUUUACUGGAUAUUUAAUUUAAUGAGGUUUCAGUUGUGUUGAUUUGGUCAGGUGGAGUGUCCAAACGCGCGCCAAACACGCUUAUCAGAUAACAUAUAGAUCAGAAUAUAUCGAUAGAGAUCUGCUGCUGCUGAAUCAUAAUAUUGGUUGUUGAUGAUUAUUUAUUGCACUGUAAUAUGCCUGACACUGUGAAAACCUGCCGGUGAGGCAUCGGUGACGUGUGCGGAAUACGCCGCCGGUCUACCAAAAUACCACUAGACCAGCUGCGCUCCGCCAGCGCUGAAAGCUGACCAGGUUUGAAUCGGCGAGCUUUCAGCGCACAAUUCACGCCACCAGCGAGCACGAAAAUGUCACUGCGCCAGCUGAUUCUGUCGACACCUCCCCCUGUCGCGCAUCCAUGCCCAGCUUGGCGGGCCUCAGUCUACGAAAAUACCAAACUGGCUGUACGCCAGGCUCCGCCAGACAAAAAUACCACUGCGUGGGGUCCGCUACUGUCCGCCGCGUCACCGGCAGACACGAAAAUAGAGCCCUUAGCCUAUUACUGGAUACUGCAUACUAGAUACUCGACUCUCCCAGACUAUGUUUUUUGUCUCUCUUUAUUUAUUGUUUUAUAAUUUGUAGGUAAAAUGAGCACAACAUGUUCGGCUCAGUUGUGUGUUUGUUGUCUGUUUCAGUUGCCCUAUUUCAUGAAUGAGCUGACCCUGACAGAACUGGACAUGGGCUUGGCCACUCCCAGAAUCCUAGGGGCUUCCAAACCCUCCAUUGACUACAGAGGCAAGAGAGAAAUCGAGCACACACACACACACUCAGAGUCAGAUUUAACUGUAUGCAACACUUGCAUGUCUAGCUAGUUUCACUGUCUCUUUGGCACAUGAAGGUCCUUGUCCCUGAUAACUGUACAGUAUUUGCCUAUACACAGAGCACAUUUAAAUGAUCUUUUUGUUUGUAAGUACAACACCCCUCUAGCAAUUGCCUGCUGGAGAGUUAGCUGAGUACACAUUGGCAAUAACAAAGAUAAACAGAUGGUAAGCAGAGUUUUUAGUCUUGUCUAUCCCUGACUUUUAGAAACCAGUCUUUACUUUGCCUCGGGAAGUCAUGUUUUUGAGGUGAUGAGCUUGCACCUAAGUUCAUUUGUGAUACAGCACUUAUGCAUGUAUAGUUUUACAUAUACACAUACAGUACAAAAAUUAUGAGCUCCUUUGUAGAUACAAAAAUGUCAAAGACUUCAUCCCAAGAACUUCAACUUAAACACAAUUUGUAAUGUAUGUCAGUGAGGUUAUUUUCUUUACUCCAGAGCUCCAUUAAAAAAGACCACUACAUUAAAGAGGACUAAAUCUCAAGAGGAAGAGCUGUUUGAUCAUCACAUUUCUGUGUUGAGGUGACCUUUAGCGAGCAGGACAUUAGAGUGAUAAUUGGUGCAUUUGGAAAGAGGCUUGGAUAGAAAGCAGUCAUGGAUAUCAUCAUGCUUACAGGGGCCUGACUUUUGGAUAGAUUGUGUCACCGAGGGCUGUAGUUAAAUUUUGCCAAAAAUAAAACAAAAACAAGUGAUAAUAAGACUGAAGACUUUUGUCUAGAUAGUACAAAUCACCACUUAGAUUCUUGAUACUGAGUUAAAUUGAUAGACUGUAUAGAGAAUGGACUCCGUCUGCCUCCUCGCUGGGUGAAGCCAACUGGAGAACAGCACCUUCUGGUGACGGGCUCAAGUAUAGGUCGUAAAUCCCACCUCCUCCAGCAAUCCUUAUGGAGUUGUGGACAAACUUUAGAAAUUAUUUACACUCAAUAAAAUCUUUUUUCGCCCCCGGUUGCAAUGUUGACAUGUAGUUAUUGUAAGACUGGUUUGUGCUCAAGUCCUCUUUUUUUCUGUGCAGCUCAGUUUUUAAAAGUUAUGAGGGGGUUCAAGUUUUCUAUGACUGAAACUUGAUACAGCCUAUGGGUGUAUGAAGAUUGCAUAGCUCACCCAGGGUAUACGCUGUUUUAGCUGAGCAUCGACACAGCAACUCGGCGACUCUCCCGACAAAUGCAUACAAUGCAACAAAGUGUUGGUUUCAGGAAGUGGAGAAAAAAAACUGAAAUACCAAGAGCUUUUUGGCUUCAAAUCCAAAUACUGGUGGAAGGUGGGGCCAAGUUGUGCAUAGUAUAUGCAAUCUAUGGUUAAAUUAUGUUUGUUCUCAUUAGCACAGAGAUGGUGUCAGUUUCUGAAGGGUGCAGUUCUUACAUGUUGGAAUCGAUCGUCUUUUGUAAUAUAUUAUCAAAUGGAUCCAACUCCGCAAAAGCAUCUUGGCUGCAGUUUUAAAUACAAAUGGCAAGUAAACAAAACAGAGCUUCUUGAGCAGAGGAUUAGAGAAAGCUGCUCUUGAAACAAGUGUGACAAUAUGCAAAUGCGUUCAUCAGAUAGAGAUGGACAUGUUUCCAGUAAAUUGUUUGAUUAGGAAAGUUAGUAGCUUAAAGUGGCAGAACAGAUUUGGUGGAAAGGGAAUGUAACAUUUACAACAUUAGUAGUUUCAGUUUGUGCGUAACCACUGUAGUAUAAAAGAUUUAAAUUUUGCUUACUUACCAUAAGCCCUCUACAGCUACGUAGGGGCAUGUCCCUAUCCACUGAAGCUGCGGUCUUGCACUGCCAUGUUUCUUUUACCGUAGCACGGACCAGACAAACCAAAAAGAGCCAGACAUGUUUCUGUAUUUGGCGGAUGGCCACUGAAAAUGCAUCAGAAGAAAGUGGUUGUUGUUGUUGUUGUUGUGCACUAAAGGAAACGUAUUGCUGGAAGUUUUCUGAUGCAAAAUUAGAUAAAUUGAAGAUCAUACUUCCUUGACAUGCUUUGUUGGAACUUUUCGUUCUCAAAGGCUACUGUCAUUUUGCCGACAGAUGGGGAGAGCAAGGGGGUGGAACCUGACCACUGUCUCCAUUUCUGGACAGUUUUUAAAAAUUCUCUUUUUUGAGCUCCAAAGGUUUGUUUCCACUGACUUAAGUAAAGCUCAUAAAAGGAAUUAGAGCGUGGUCAGUAAGUUCUUUAUACUCCUAAAUCUUUGAGCACUACAUGUAGUAUUGAAAAUUAAAGUAGGUCAGUACUGUUGCAAUCCUUGGGCAUAAACAGAGGUGGCCUUUAGUUUAAUAUCUGGUAAAAGCUGUUAUUCUUCUUCAUGUGGUCUUCAGAUAAAACUGACUGAUAGGAUCCCAGCACUACUGCUCCUGUCUGAAUAAAUGACUUCUUUCAGAAACAAAGCAGCAGCUCGGACACUGUCAGACAUCACUAACAACCAAUGAUAGUGUUCUAGUGCUCAUAUAACCCACUGUGAAGGAUACGUCAUCAUCCUGUUCUGAUUCAUUGCCUGUGGUGAAAUUUCACAUACAUGAGAAAAAGCAUUAGUGUUAUAUAACCACCUUGAAAGUCCAUGAGGAAAAUACUCACACAAUGAUGUUCUCUAUUAGCCCUGAACAAAAAAAUGCUUCAUUCAGUCAGAACAUGCAAAAUAAAGACUGUGCAUCACACUGGAUGAUUACAUGCGCUCACACCCACUCAGCUUUCUAGGCUGUGCCGCCUUCAGGGUUCGAGGGACAUGCUUGUUUCUAAAUAGACUCUGUUUAAAGAAAGUCAAAAACCUUUGACUCUAACAGCUGCUGCUGCUAGACUGUCUGAAAAAACGAACACUGCUCGCUCAGAGGUUAGAAGCGUGGUGUUUGCUGUACAAUCUCAGUUGUGACAAAAGGCAUUUUUUUAUUAAUGAAGAAUAAACCUACUGAAGGUGUUAUGAAGUUCCCUGGAAAAUUGAAAGCUUUGUUUCCAGAGGUGCAAGUGAGCUAAGCUGAGUACAAUACAAUCUGUCCUUAAGCACUUUAGCAGGUCUUAUGGUUAUCUGUGGAUUGGAUAAAUUGAGGCUUAGCUAUGCGAGGUCACAGUUUUGUGAGGGACUGUAGGUUUGCUGCAAGUUUCAGCUGGAGUUUCCUGAAAACUCUGCGCACUUUUGAUCAGUAGGAGCUUUGCAUGUUAUUGAAGAUCACCUCGGUAGCACUGAGCUCUCCACCUCUCUAUGUGACAUUGCUUUUUCUCAUUCACCCUUACAUCCUGACAGAUCUGUCUCUUCAUCUGUUUCAUGCGUGCAGUCUCAAACUGUCCUCUUCGUUUUAUCAUUCCUUUUCAUUUUUGUGUCCUCUCUCACUCUUUAGUCCCAGUGCCUGUCUUCCUCCCUGCAGUGCUGUGAGUCACUGUCUCAUUUUCAUCACCCCAGCACUCACAUUACCCUGUAAUCAGAGCAGGAAUUGAUUGCAUCUCUGACUGAGAUGGCAUUUGUUGGAGCUGUUUCAAGGAAAACACCCUUCUACAACCACUUCAAUUGAAGUCUGUGUACAUACGAAGCUAGCUCUGAGAUAAUGUUGUUAAAGGGGGCAUCAGCAUGAAUUGCUAUAAUUAUUUGGAAACUCUAUCAUAAUGCCAAAUGUUUUCAUUUCUUCAGACAGAAUUCAGAGGACUCGAUCCAGAUCACCUAGUGCUGAUGGACCACAACAAAGUGUCUUACUUUAGACAUAGUUCUGAGAAGUGAACGGAUGCUGGAAAGGGAUUUGUAUCUAAAACAAAGGAGUAAAUAUCCAUAAUUGAUGUAUCUGUAGAAAAGAGAGCAGUCAUUGUUAUUUUGUUUUUGAGCUGCAUGUUUCCAAGCAGGUACAGCCUUUGACCUGGAUAAGUUUUUCCAAAAGUUCCAGUGGAACUGGUCAGUUUAGUUCCUCUUUAAUCUUGCACCGAUAGCACAGAGGUUGUAUCACCCAAGCAUCUCAAGUUCUGCCUUUGCCUCGUCUCACCCCACUCCUUCCUGGAAUAAGCAUGCUGAGAGCAGUAGAUCAAUGAACCUCUCCAGCUGUGUGUGUAUGUGAGCAUAUCACAACAGAGAAUAAACUCUGCAAACUCACAUACCUAUGUCCAUGCUCUUUUGUGUCUGCAUACACUCAUUUUUGUGGGUAUGCAUAAAAGGAGUCAUCCUGCUGCUUUUUGGCCCUUGCUCGUUGGACACAUCUUGAUUAUGUGUGUUCUCCCCAGUUUGCCCACAGGACACUGCUGCCCCCAGCAGUUUGUUCUAAGGACAUUCAGUUCUUCCCUUGAACAAACCUCAAACAGUUUGUCAUCAUCUUGAUUACCCACCACGCCACCAGGGACUGAGGAGAGUAAAGCAAAGCCCAUCAGGUUUAGCAGGCUCAGCCAGCUCACCCCAUGUCUUUGUCUGACUAUCAAACUUUCUAUUUAUAUGUUGUGCCUUUCUGACUGGAUAGCCUUUAGUUUUUUUCCUCAUUAUUUUUUGCUCUGUUAUUUUUAUCUGCUUUCAUUUUUAGCGUCUUUGUUUUCCUCUGACUUCUCAUAACUAUGUUUUCUUUCUUCUCUUUUACACACCACCAGAAGUCCUCUUCGCAUUCUCACAACUAGCUACUAUUAAGGCCUCAGUAAUCAGCACUCAUAAUACACAGGGAAGUAAUUGAUGUAUGCCAGCAAUAUAUUCUCACUCAGCAUUCACAUUUGACCAUCCCUUCCCCGGAAGACAAUAUACCUCCACACCACUAAGGUACAAUGAAAUGAAGCGUAAGCCAGUCGUCAGCAAACCUCAGAUUAAUUUGUGAUGAUGAAGUGAUAAAAUAAUAGAUUACUGGUCGAUCCUGGAUUAGAGCACAACAUGUUGCAAAGAAAGGUAAUGUGCAUAAUAUGAAGAACAACUGGCAGACCUGGAAACUGAGUUAACUUUUUAAUAUUUCUUUAUUUACAUACCUUUCGUUAGGGGUGGGAAUCACCAGUGGCCCCAUGAUAUGAUAUUAUCACGAUACUUAGGCCACGAUACGACAUUAUUACGAUUUUUAACAUUUUGCGAUACAGUGAGUAUGCAAUGCAAUAUAUCAAGAUUUAUAUAUUUUUUUACAACUGUUUAGCUAAAUUAGCAUUUGUCUUUCCUUUAUGCUUGUCUUAUUAACACUGUAUUUUAUUUUUUUGCAGCACAUCUUGCAAACUUUGGCCCAGACUACACAUAUAUAGAUAAUUAUUUAUCAGGAUAUUUUUGUACUCUCGUCUAAAUAAAUGUAUCUGUCCACACUUGUUAGUUCUCAAAAAUAUCUGGGUCCACACGUAGCCUUCAAACUCAAUCCUAUCUGGUGCUGCUUAAAAAAAAUUCAGGAACAAAGCUACCUGAUUGGCCGAUGAAUCGUAACAGCGUGAUGCGUCAUGCAUUGUUUGCGGAAGCUACGCUAGUGCGUCGGGUCCAUGUGACGGACCAUGUGACCAAUAAAAGUAUUGGACGCAGCAGACACCUCUGUGAGUUGGCUGACUGGUGGAUGUAAAUGUAUAAAACAAGGUUCACUUGCAAGGCUGAAAUAAGCCCCAAAAGGGCAAAACAAAUGUAAAGAAUACCCUGUAUGUCCGCCAUUGUUGUUGUGAUUUUUCUUUUUAAUUCGCAUGCGCGAGCUGCGGUUUGACGUCAUCGAUCCGUAAAAGUUCAACCACACGAAUCCACUUAUACGCAUAUUUUUUUAUUUCUCCACUUGUUUUUUCGGAUUCAGAUGUAUCCGGUUUGAGUGCUCCAAACUCCCAAUUUGGUGUGGUAGGGAGGCCUAAUCGGACAUAAAUAUGUACAGUUUGAAAUAUAUCCGCAUUCAUGUAGUUGGGGCUUUUGUGUCAGGUCAAUCUCAUUUGUGCCCUGCUUGCUUUCUUAAUGUUUUUCCCCAGGUGACGCUGUAUUUGUUGUACUAACGUUCUUCUGCUCUAUGAUGUCACCUCUGCCAACCUCACUGGACAAACAGUUGAUUUUAAUUUUCCAUUAUCACAGAUUUGACUUCAUAUUAACAAUUAAUUUGAAAAAAAUUGAGAAAUACUUGGUAUAUGAGUGGAUACAAUAUAUCACCAGACAAAAUAUCGUGUUACUAUGCUGUAUCAAUUUUUUUCUCCCACCCCUACCUUUCAUUGAUAUCACAAUAUUAGACAAUGUCACAUCACAUGGGAUUUUAUUUUAAUCACUGCAGGCUUGGUAUCAGAGUCCCCUGUAAAAUGCUGAACCAAGUGUGGAGAAAAGUUAUAAGUAAGGCUGUCAAAGAUUUUUUUUUUUUUUAGUUGUAAUUAUUUCAUGAUUUUCCAUAAGAAUAACUAUCACAAAUUAAUUUGCAUAUUUCUUAAGUGAUAUUGAAAUGAGUUUGUAAUUGUCUCUUAUAAAUAGGAGUUUAAAAUAGGAUGGCUUUAUACAAAUGUUUUAUUAUUAUUGGAACAGCGAGAGUAACAUCAGAAAGUCAUGCCCAACAAGCAACUACAAAUGUUCAUACUGACCUAAGUGAAACACGGCAUUGUAAAAUGACAACAAUGUUAGGUCUGAGCUAACACCUGUAAAAGUUUACCCAACAUCCUGUUUUUAAUCAGUUUAAUGAAAACAAUAGACCUGACACAUCACAACUAAGGUUGGGCUUUAUUGGUAUUAAUGCCAUUAUUGAGUCUGCUUAUCAACCAAGUACUUUAUUCGUUCAUUUUUCAUUAUAGCCUUUAUAAUUGCCUCAUGUAAGAUAUGAUUUGGACGGAGGCUUGGAGAAGUUUGUGUAAUGCAGAUUACAGUGAAUUUGGUGGAGCAGUGGACAAAGAAACAGAGACAGAGUGGAGGAGAGAGAGUGCCCUAUUUAUGCUGUCAGUCCACCUCCUGCUGAUAUCAAAAAGGGGCUGGGAGGGAGACUGUGUGCUCCCCAACUGUUUCUCCUCUGUUCAAAGGACAUUGAGAUCUUCUCCUUCUACAGAGUCUUUUUCUGAGCGUUUCUCAUCUUGACGGCGGGAUCAAGAAAUGAAAUCUGUUGGGGGCCCAACUUCUGGGAUGCUUGAGAGGGACACAGCAACAGGAGAAUUGGAGAAGUGUGAAAACAAAGGAGCGAGAAGAGAGAGAUAUAACGUGGAAGAAGGAAGGUGGCCUGAAGUGCUGUCAUGAUUAGAAAAAUUUAAUUUGUCAACAGUGUUGUGCCUCAUAAACAUUCAAGUAGUACAGCUCUAUGUGCUGUAUAUGGUGUGACAUGAGUGUAGAGUAUCUCCUUAAGUACAGGUUUAGCUCACAACCUCAAAUCUUCCCUCCACAGCCAUAGUUUCAAUUCUCUCAUUUCCUCUCAGAUCAUGUUUCUAAUAACUGUGUUCCCUCAGGCCUGUGGUUUGACUUGGAGCUCUCCUACAGUGGUUCUUUCCUGAUGACCUUGGAAACAAAAAUGAACCUCAUCCGCCUGGGCAAGGAGGGAGAGAGUGUCCGCUUUGGGGAGUUUGGCAAAGAUGGGUGAGACAAUCAAGUCCUUUGCAAAAAGACACACGUCCCUAUAUAUGUCUCCCCUCCUCUACUUGAAAAAUGUAGCUUUCUCUGUCAAGCGCCUAAAUGUUCUUUUUGCCUCACACUCCGUGUUCUUGAUCUUUGCUGUCUUUUACACCUUGUCUCUUCUUUUCUCUCCCUGCUUUCUCUCCCUCCUCUCUCCUCUCCCUCUCUCUCUCUCUCUCUCUCUCUCUCUCUCUCUCUCUCUCUCUCUCUCUCUCUCUCUCUCUCUCUCUCUCUCUCUCUCUCUCUCUCUCUCUCUCUCUCUCUCUCUCUCUCUCUCUCUCUCUCUCUCUCUCUCUCUCUCUCUCUCUCUCUCUCUCUCUCUCUCUCUCUCUCUCUCUCUCUCUCUCUCUCUCUCUCUCUCUCUCUCUCUCUCUCUCUCUCUCUCUCUCUCUCUCUCUCUCUCUCUCUCUCUCUCUCUCUCUCUCUCUCUCUCUCUCUCUCUCUGCCAUCUGGAUUCUGGCUUUAAUACAACUGUUAAUUGGGGGCAUUUCUGGUUUUGGUGAGUGUUGCAUGAUGUUUAAAAGUUACCUCUUUUCAUCUCAUUUUUUUAGAUUUCUGUAGUUUGUUUUUCUGCCUUCAUGAAACAUCUCAAUGCUUUAUUUCAUAUAGUGUUAACACAUUUAUCUUCGCAGUUCUGUCAUGCGUAAUUUUGGUGUUUUACUCCCCAUUAAAAUUAAGGGAAGUGGUGGCAGUGUUGGAGUUGAGAAGUAGAGUGGAGAUGCAGAGAUUCAUCUUUUCUAAAACUGCAUCAAGAUGAGUCAGCUGAUAUGUUCAUACCUAUCUUUUUAGCAGUUUGGUGAAACCAUAAAUCACAAACUGAGUACAUUGAAAAUCUCUCAAAGGUUGUCAAUAACACAGCCGACUUCAGCCAGGAAGCAAGAUUCAAGCUUUUAAUGUCAGUUUCUGUCAUAUGUCAGUACAUGCACAGGAAUCAAACAAAAUGUUUCUCUCCAUCCCACAAUGCAAAAACACAGAGAGUAUAUUAAAAAUACCCCCAAAAAUACAAUAGAGAGAAGUAUAGCACAAUAGAAGAGUGGCACAUGUGUCCACAUCUACCUUUGUGCCUACUGUGUCUACAUAUAUAGUAUAUACCCUCCCAUACACAUGCACCCUAUACAUACACACACAGGUAAACCAAAUCACCAAAAAAAAUGAUUCUGCUGAACAUAUUUAUACAUGACCUUAAGUACAGGUGGUGGAUGCAAUCUGUAGCAAUUCACUGAUGGAGAAAGCAUGUAAAAAAAACAGGAAGUCACUAUGUGAACAGUGAAGUUGUAGUGCAAAGAAAAAAAACAUUUUACAGUGCAAAAUACCAAACCUGGAGAUUCUGCAGUUUUUGGUACAAUGCUAUCUCCAUAUGCACACUCAGAUCUCACUCUCAGAUCUCACUCUCAUUAACCCUUUUCAGAUCAUUAGUCUGCAACAGCACCAUAAUGCUGCCCUGCUGCCAUCAUACCUUUGUCAUUUAAACCCACAACAUUGCAAUAGCUGUGUCUCAGAAUGUCAGCUCAUAUUGUUUAAUGACAUCUCGUAAGCAUGAGGGGUAAACACAUGGUGGAAGCUCCAUAUGUACACACUCUUAGACAUACACACACAGAGCAUGACUGCAGCAUGCUCACAGUGAUCCAGUCUUGUCUCUGUCACUGCCUCUGCUGCCGGCACAGUGGCAGGACCACACGGUCCCACCAUAACACCUCUGAGACAUUCAUGUUCAAGGUGAGACAUUACAGAAGUGUAAAUAUCAAAGCUCAUACUACAAUGUGUAGUAUGAAAAGGGCUAGUGCUCCCAUACCUCUACCACUAGAGCCUUCUGCAUGUGUUAUUGCAUGGAUGUAGAUGUGUUUGAUGGUGUGUCUUUGUGUUUUUGUGUGGGUAUGAGUACCGUGUUUAAUUUCUUACUUCCAACCAUUUUUUAUGAUCUGUAUGUGUGUUCAGAUACAGGCCAAGAACUUACUGUCUGGCUGAUAGUGAUGAAGAGUCAUCCAGCGCAGGAUCAUCAGAUGAUGAAGACUUCUCAGAGCUCUCAAAUGACUCUGUUGGAGCAGAGGGGUAGGGAAAAGUUUCUGUAAUCACUCUGCAAAUUCAUUUCUCAAAAUAUUAAAAGAGCAGCUACAGAGUAAAUGUUGUUGCUGAAAUUGUGGUAACAUAACGGUGAUAUUGUUUAUUUAAUAGCAGAACCUUCAUACAAAUUUGUAAGAAGGCAAGCAGUUUUUAUUUAUAUAGCACCUUUCACAAAGUGCUUUACAUCUAAAAUAAUUCAAUGAAAAAUUAAAAACCACACAGAAAUAAAAAAGAAUGUAGUACAAACCAGCGCAGCAAUUGUCAGAAACUGUAAAAAGGCACAAAAGACACAUGGAGCAACUGUAGAAGACAAGUGGGGAUGAUUACUCACAAGGCUAAAAAAAAUGACAUGCUCACCAAAGUUUUUUGAAAAGCCUCCACAGAGAAAAAAGAACACAGGGAUAAAUGCAGAGAGUUUCAGGGGUCUAGAGCUAUGGCUUCAAAAGCUCAAUCAGUUUUCAACUAUGUUUAUGGGUUUGUUAACUGGUGCAGUGAACUGGAUAUUUAUGAACAGGCUAAUGAGUAAGGUUUAGUGAGUUUUGUGAGGUAUUCUGGCCUGGCCAUGUAAGGCUCUAAAGGUCUCUAAACUUUAGAUUUAGUUUUUAGUUUUGAAAUCCCUUUUUAAAAAUGAGGACAAAAGUAUAACUGUAACAAAUAAUGAGACAGACCUUGUAAGGAAAGGUCCUCCAGUCACAAAAAAAGCUGAGAACAAAUCAGAUUUAACACAGAAAAUAAAACUGUCUUCAGCAAUAUGUUGGCAGCCUUAACAACAAAGACAUUUCAUUUGUGUAUUUCACAGAAUUAAAAAAACUGUUAAAUUUUCUGUAAAGUGAUGUUAUGUACAGCUUCGCUGAAUCUAAAUUGUGACUUUCACUUUACCUUCUUGAAUAAAGAUUUGUAGGUGGUCACAAACCUAGCAAAAUAAUGCGCUUUGUGGACAAGAUCACCAAGUCCAAGUAUUUCCAGAAGGCCACAGAAACAGAGUUCAUCAAGAAGAAGAUGGAGGAAGUGUCAAACACACCUCUCUUACUCACAGUGGAGCUACAGGAACUCCAAGGAACUCUGGCUGUCAACAUCCCCCCUCCACCCACUGACAGGAUAUGGUACGUGAGAAGGGUUUGUUUUUCUGUUACCUUCACUUUGGAAUGUAGAGUGGACAUCACUGUUUUUCAGAGCCACAAAGAGUGGCAUCUCUGUCAGCCCUUUCUCACAGAUUGUAAACAAAGCCCAACUAUGCUCAAAGCAGUGGCUCCCAGACUGCUCUUACACAGCCACUUGUCUCUUAAGUUGAGAAUUACAAGUCAACAAAUUCUAUACUUGAAGAAAUGUAUGUUAGACUGAUAGAGGACACCUGACAAAGAACAUUUAUAAGCAUGUAAAACGGCAAAACGGCUGCAAUCCAGUCAUGGCAGGUUUUAUUUAAAAAAAACAGUUGAAGUAUGGCUGUGUGCAGUGCAUGACUGCCCUCUGCUGAUUGCUAAUGAUAUUGACUUCAGAUCUUAAUUUUUUAAUAUUUCACAGUGAGAAUAAGUACUUCAUUUCACCUAGCAUUCUUCUCUCGCAGGUAUGGUUUCAGGACACCCCCUCACCUGGAGCUGAAGGCCCGACCUAAACUGGGAGAAAGAGAAGUCACUCUGGCUCAUGUUACGGACUGGAUAGAGAAAAAACUGGACCAGGAAUUCCAGGUAUUGUUUGGUACUAUUUUUUUAUGACAAAAUUGUCAUUGAAUUAAAUUAUAAAAUGAUUUAACUUUAUUGAAUAUCCAGACCCAGUGAGCUCUAAUAGAUAUUGGUUUUGUCUCUGUUUAUUAAAUGAAUGGGAGGGGACCACUGACGAUAAAUUGUUGCCAUCAAUAGCACUAAGAGUUUCACAUCAUUUGCCCCCGCUAUCUGCUGUCUCAAGAUAACAGAUAGCAGGUCAUCACAUCUAUGAUGAAUUGAGAGAGCGAGCGUUCCCUUACCACUUAAUUAAACUGUCAGUUCAUGGCAGAUGUGAUACUAAUUUCCUAGUUUAUAUCCAGAGUCAUCCUGGUGAAUUUUAACAACACUUAGCUAGUUCAGAUUAAAAAAAAGAAAAAAGAAAUAACUUUGUGCAUAAUGACAGCCUGUGUGCAAGAGUUGCACCACAGGCAGCCACUGUAGGAUUACUUACAUCAAAGUAAUAUUAACAGACUCAACGCACAAAUAUAUAAUUUCUAGUUCAUUCAGAGGUUAAUUUUGGGCACAAUUACAAUCUCCUUUCAGUAAAUAGGAAAAAUGUCACUUUACCAUGGCUGUAUGCACUGAUGUUAAGGAACAAGUUUUGUAUUCAUUCAGACUCAUUUUCAUAGAAAGGGACCUGCUCUGCUCUACAUGCAUGUGUGAUGGCUUCUUUAAGUUUCUGGAAACAGCCCUGGCGCACAGACACUAUUUCCGUAGUGCUGUUUAGGCGCAUUUCACCCUUUGCACCAGCUGUAAAAGUUGACGAUGGCUUUUUUGGCUCAUUUGCACAGGUGUAGUGGGCUCAGAAACCAUGCAGUCCUGUGAAUCAGGCCCAGAAUGUGCUCAAACUCGAGACAAAAGCGUGCCAAGAAUAGUUAAAACUGAACACACCACUCAUCGUCCGUCCUUUUUCCUUUUCUCAUCAGAAAAUAUUUGUCAUGCCAAACAUGGAUGAUGUGUGGCUGACUAUCAUGCAUUCGGCCAUGGAUCCACGCACAGCCGGAGGACCCUUGGUUGGCCCCUCAGUGGACCUGGGGCCCUUCCAACCAGAAAAGGACAACACCAGCCAGACAUGAAGAUUGUUUACAGUAUUUCCUAAAGCUGAGAACUGAAGCCAAAGGUGAUGGCUCAGAUGCUACUUUAAAAACACAUUCCUCUAGUCAGCGGGUUUCUACAUAUUUCCACAUUGAAAAGACCAGAUGAGUUAGAGAGGACAAGGUUCGAGCUGACCAAGGAGACACUAAAGACAAACUGUUGCCUGCUGCUCUGUUUAAUGGUAUUUAUCUUGCCAGAAGAUGAGGUGUUCUGUCUGUGAAGGAUUUGUGUAACAGUAAGGACCUAUUAAAUAGGGACUGAUAUAUGAAGUGAGUUUAGUGUCUCAAAUUGGGUUGCAGAAGUUAACAAGGGGAAUGCAUAUUGAGUUUAUCAGGUCUUAUGAACAUGUAAAUGUGUUAGCAUUCACCAGAUUCCUUACGCCUGUGGAUUAUAAUUUUUGUCAGGCUAGAGGGGGAAAUAAAGCACUGUGGCCCCUGUAUGAGAAAAACGGCAAGUGUAGUGAAAGGUUCAUUGUGAAGGAUUUAAAUUGUGAUUGAAGGUGAGACGCUCCACUGUAGAAAGUGUGUCAAAUGUCAGCAGGUUUUAUAAAAACUGUAUUGGAUGAAACUCUGAUGCUUAAUGUGAGGUUUAGUUUCUAUAAGAAACCUUUAUCCUGAAAGUGUCAUUAUAUGAAUGGUUUUUGAUCAGGUGUCAACAGUCAACAGUAUUCAUUGGUGCUGUUACUACACCUUGAACACUUCCCUUCAUUCUCCAACACCCCUUUUUUAUUAUACCAGUGAUGCCCUUAUCCAUGUCUAGUAUACUGCUUAAUACUGCUUAAGCGUUAACACAAAAGAUCUAAGAGAUGAGUCAUUCAGUGUAAUGAUACCAUACUAAUGACAAAUACACAAACACAAGUGCAAUGGUAUUAAGGCUGCAGAGGCUUCAGUCUGAUCUUGUAUGGAUGUAAUAUAAAAUGUUUGUCUGGUGAGAAAUACGAUGCCUGAAUUACAUCUAUUGAAUGUAUAUUUGACAAGUUUUUGGUUCCUAUUGUUAUUGUACAACAUCAGUCUUCACCCAGUCACAUUUUGACUGUAAUACGAAAUAUUGCACAAGUACAAGUUUUACACUUUGUUUAUGAUAAACACUAUCUCAUCUCACAUAUCUUUUAUAUCCAGAAAUGUCAUGCAAUCGUUAUAUUUUGGGAGUAGCAGACGAUGUAAUUAUCUGUGUGUCAUUGUACCUUAUGGUGUUAACAUUUUCAACAAGGGUAAUUGUUAGAAGACCAACUUUAAUAUGUGACAGUGCUUUAAAUAGACUCCAUACUGUUUGUCAAACUAUUCUCUGGGGUUAAGGUACAAACUGUAUAGAAGAGCCACUUUGCCAAGAAUGUAUCUAUUGGUCCUUUCUCUGGAGAUACCAUUUAAACUGUGUCAUGUUUUAACCUGAACUGAAGUCUUUAAUUUGGCCUUGAGGUUCAGAUCUCUCUCUGCUCAAAGGUACACACCCAGAAAUGAUAUUACCUUGUAAGGUAAUAUAAAUACAUGUGCCACAGUACCAGCAUUAACACCGGCAUUAAAAUUUUCACAGGGAUUCUUACAUGAAUUUAAGUUUUGCUCUGUUAGGAUACUAAAGCAUUACACCACAAGGUAGAUCUGUUUCUGUAUGAUUGUCUCUCUCUUUAUACCUUGGUUGCCUUUUGUUUAUAAAUGAGUACACAAGAUGGGUAAUGGUAGUAUUUUUGUCUACUGUUUUGGGAUAAACAGUUAAAUAAGAUUUUCAAGGAUAUAUGAAGACAUGCCACGAUUUGUAUUUGUGAAAGAUAAAUGACUUUUUAAGAUUAUCAUAUUUUAAGGCCAAAUUCAGUGAUUCUGUGCCCAUGCCUUAUUAAUAGAGCAAAAUAAAACUGUCAGUGCAAGCUUU